AUGGAGCCUCCCAGAAUAAGAGACUACUACGCAGACUUGUGCAUCCAGCAGUCGGCAACGGCACAGGAUAUACGGCGCGCGCAUCGAGUGCUAGCCAUCAGACUUCAUCCGGAUAAACAGCCGCCAGGAGCAAAAGUUGACACCGAAAAGUUCCGCAUCAUUCAAGAGGCGUACGAAUAUCUUCGAGAUGCAUCGAGACGGAACCGAUAUGACAUGUAUUAUGAGGACGUCAAAGAGAAGUGGAGAGCAUACCGGGAAUUUAAGAAUGAAGAGUGUGAACGAGAACGUCAACAACAAGCGGAGAAGGAAGAAAGACAGAGGCAAGCCGAUGAGGCUCAAAGGGCGCGUAGGAAGGAGGAGGCCAGAAAGGCCGCGGAAGAGAUGGCUGAGCGACUCGGAAGGGACGCUAAGAAGGAAGAAAUGGAACAAAGAGCCCGAGAGUAUUGGACUAAGCUCCGAGAACGGGAAGAUGCCCAAAGAAGGACGCCAAGGACAGACUCCGUCGACAGGAAGAACAGGCCAGAGAGCUCAAGCAUCAACAGGAGCGCGCUGCCCAAGAGCAGCUCCAUCGAAAGAGAGAAGCCGAAGCCGAGAGAAAAAGCAUGGAUGCCGCGGAGAGAGCGCAGAAGCAAAUGGAAGAGACAGCCCAGGAGCGGCUGA